CUUACCAUCAACAAUUGAUUGUCUUCUUUCCUCCAGUGCUUUAUUUCUUCUCUUUUCCGUGUUGAUCAGCUUUAAAAAAAUUUAGCGUACUUUUGUACGCAAUUUAUUUUUUAAAAAUGCUGUCUACAGCUAUCGGACGUAGUUUAGGGUAUGGAUUAAAAAAUAUUCGCAAUGAAAUAUUGCCAUCAGUGACACAAGUCCGUGAUAGUUCAGUUCAAACUCAAGAUUCAAAUAAAGAUGUCAGUAAUUUAAAAAAGAAACCUUACAGUCCUUUUCAAAAUACAAAUAAUGCAGCAGAAUAUGCACUGGCGCGUAUUGAUGAUUUAAUUAAUUGGGGACGAAAAGGUUCAUUAUGGCCACUGACAUUCGGCUUAGCCUGUUGUGCUGUCGAGAUGAUGCACAUUGCAGCACCCAGAUAUGAUAUGGACAGAUUUGGAAUUGUCUUUCGUGCUUCACCACGUCAAGCUGACGUUAUCAUCGUCGCUGGUACACUUACCAAUAAAAUGGCACCAGCUCUGAGAAAAGUUUACGACCAAAUGCCAGAGCCCAGGUGGGUAAUUUCCAUGGGUAGCUGUGCAAAUGGUGGUGGUUAUUAUCACUACAGUUACUCUGUUGUACGAGGAUGUGAUCGAGUUAUUCCUGUGGACAUUUACGUACCUGGUUGUCCCCCAACGGCAGAGGCUCUACUUUACGGACUUCUGCAGUUACAGAAAAAAGUAAAACGUAUGUCGGUGGCUCAAGUUUGGUACAGAAGUUAAUUAAUUAUUUAUUAAUUAACAAUUAAUAUUCGAUGAGUUAACAAGGCGAAUUAUUGCCCUAAUUUAUUUUCGUAGUCGGCUUUAUAGUCGUAAUGUCUGCGACCGGGCGUUAAAAUGAAAUAUCCACGGACGCUAAAGUUAUAAUAAUAAUAACAAUUAAAAAUAAACAUUUUUUUAUUAUUAUUAUUAUUUAUUAACAAUUAAUUAACUGAGUUACUGAUAAGUUAAUUAUAGAUGAUUGUAAAAAAAAAGUUUAAUAAAAAUAUUUUAUGAUUAAUGAA